AAAGAUGGUGGUGGUGUCGACAAAGAUAGCUCCAUCAAUGCUGUCUUCGGACUUUGCAAAUCUAGCGGCAGAGGCCAAGCGGAUGGUUGAUUUGGGCGCUGACUGGCUUCACAUGGACAUCAUGGACGGGCAUUUUGUCCCGAACCUAACCAUUGGUGCUCCUGUCAUCGAGAGUUUGAGAAAGCACACAAAUGCAUAUCUUGAUUGCCACCUAAUGGUGACGAACCCCAUGGAUUACGUGGAGCAGAUGGGUAAAGCUGGGGCUUCUGGUUUCACAUUCCACGUUGAGGUUGCCAAAGAGAAUUGGCAAGAACUUGUGAGGAAGGUUAAGUCUGCAGGGAUGAGGCCAGGUGUGGCUCUAAAGCCCGGAACACCUGUUGAGGAAGUCUAUCCUCUGGUUGAAGGGGAAACUCCGGUGGAAAUGGUUCUAGUGAUGACAGUGGAGCCUGGAUUUGGAGGCCAGAAGUUCAUGCCCAGCAUGAUGGACAAGGUCCGGGCACUGAGGCAGAAGUAUCCAACACUUGAUAUUGAGGUGGAUGGAGGGUUAGGCCCAUCGACUAUAGAAGCAGCGGCUGCAGCAGGGGCCAACUGUAUCGUUGCUGGAAGUUCAGUGUUUGGAGCUCCGGAGCCAGGGGAAGUCAUUUCCCUUUUGCGGACCAGUGUCGAGAAAGCCCAAGCCACCACCUGAGAGUGCACUGCCCGUUUCUAAUAUUUAUGCACCCACCAAAAGCAAUAAUAAGAGGUGAAAACAUACAAAAAGAAUCGUUCAAACACUUGUUGGUAGUUUGAUAUUUGCGCUUGUGUAAUGGAAUGUUUUCGUAUUGUCAAGCAAACUUGGUCAUACUUUAAAGAAUGUUUCCUAAAAUGGUAAAUCUGAGCCGUUGGAGCACUA